GCGGCUGAUCCCUGGAUGGUUUGUGUGCAGCCUGGGCUCUGAGUGCUGCUGCUGACAGUGUGCUCUGCCGCUGCUACUUGGGAGACUGGCUGCUCUUUGAUAUCAGUCAGCGGCAUCUCUGCUCCUGUAGCCCAGGCAAUCCAAUAGAGAGCACAUCAUUGCUUGCACUCCUUGCUGCCUGUGCCAUGGGUUAGGGAGCGAGAGAGAGAGGGCGAGCAGUCCGGCAUUGCCGAAGGAGCUGAGGGGGCAGAGCUACACUAUCCCCGGCAAUGGGCUGCGGCCGGUGAUCUCUUGCCUCCUGCUGCUGCUGCUGCUGUGGGAUAAGAGCGAGGAGCGACAGCCCUGGGGGAUCCGUGCGGGAGAGAUGAUCGCGGAGUUGCUGAGCAGCGCCCUGGGGCUCCUCCUGUAUCUCAACACCCUGGGCGCUGACUUUUGCUAUGACGACAGCCGAGCCAUCAAGACUAAUCAGGAUCUUCUACCAGAGACACCAUGGAACCACAUAUUCUUUAAUGACUUUUGGGGGACCUUACUUACACACAGUGGGAGCCAUAAAUCCUAUCGUCCAUUAUGCACACUGUCAUUUCGCCUUAACUACUUAUUUGGAGGUCUGGAUCCCUGGAACUAUCAUCUUGUAAAUGUUUUAUUGCAUUCUGCUGUCACAGGCCUCUUCACCAACCUCUGCAAAGCACUUUUUGGGAGUGGAUGCUGGACUCUUAUUGCAGGCCUUUUGUUUGCCUCCCACCCAAUACAUACAGAAGCAGUUUCAGGAAUUGUUGGAAGGGCUGAUGUGGGUUCAGGACUCUUCUUUCUGCUCUCCUUACUGUGCUACAUGAAACAUUGCUCAACACGAGGGUACUCGCUAAGCAGCUGGUGCUGGAUCCUUUGUGCUGGAUUUUGGGCAGCUUGUAGUAUGCUGUGGAAGGAGCAGGGCGUCACUGUUUUAGCAGUUUCUGCUGUCUAUGAUGUAUUUGUAUUCCAUAAAUUAAAGAUGAAUCAAAUCAUUUCUGUUGUCUUUAAGGAGAAGAACGUGUCUUUCUUCUUCAGCGUUGGACUGCUGUUUGCCUGGGGCGUUAUUUUAUUGGGUGCUCGUUUUUACUGGAUGGGAAAUACGCCACCAAGCUUUUCUAACUCUGACAACCCAGCAGCAGACUGUGAAGUUCUUCUUACACGUACCCUGACCUUCUUUUACUUGCCAACCAAAAACUUGUGGCUGCUUUUUUGUCCAGAUACUCUCAGCUUUGAUUGGUCUAUGGAUGCGGUGCCUCUGAUUAAAACCAUAACUGACUGGAGGAAUAUACACACUGUGGCCUUCUAUAUUUUACUUAUCCUACUUGCCUACUCAAGUCUGAAGGGUUCUGCAAUAAAGAGAGACUGCAACGGGAAAGUAUUCAUGAAUGGCAAGCAGAAUACUAAUGGGCAUAGCUGUCAAUCGGAUUUAGAACACAAAAAUGCAGCGCAAAAUCCUGUGAUUGCCUCAAAACUUGAAAAUGGAGUAAAACACCAUAACAGUCAUGAAAUGCAACUUCCUUCAACAGAAAACAUUGUUGUUUUAGCUUUAUCUUUAUUAAUAGUACCCUUUGUGCCAGCCAGUAAUCUAUUUUUCUAUGUUGGCUUUGUUAUUGCAGAGCGUGUUCUAUAUAUACCCAGCAUGGGGUUCUGUUUACUUGUAACAGUAGGUGCAAGAGCCCUUUAUAUAAAGGCCCAAAAAAAUAUUCUCAAAACCCUUUUUUUUUAUGCAACAGCUGCUUUAAUUGUUUUUUAUGGCCUCAAGACUGUCGUCAGAAACGGGGAUUGGAAGAAUGAAGAAAUGUUAUAUCGAUCUGGAAUUAAAGUAAAUCCAGCAAAAGCAUGGGGAAAUCUUGGCAAUGUUCUCAAGAGCCAAAGCAAGAUUGAUGAAGCUGAAAAUGCCUAUAGGAAUGCCUUGUACUAUCGUAGCAACAUGGCAGACAUGUUGUAUAAUCUAGGCUUAUUGCUCCAAGAAAACAGCAAGUUUUCCGAGGCGCUGCAUUACUACAAGUUAGCAAUUGGUAGCAGACCUACCCUAGCAUCAGGAUAUUUGAACACAGGUAUUAUUUUAAUGAAUCAGGGAAGAACAGAAGAGGCUAGACGAACUUUCCUAAAGUGCUCUGAAAUCCCAGAUGAAAAUUUAAAAGAUCCCAAUGCCCAUAAAAGCUCUGUGACCAGUUGCCUUUAUAACUUGGGGAAACUGUACCAUGAGCAAGGACAGUAUGAGGAUGCCCUGAUUGUAUACAAAGAGGCAAUACAAAAGAUGCCAAGGCAGUUUUCACCCCAAAGCUUAUACAACAUGAUGGGGGAAGCUUACAUGAGAUUGAACGUGGUGUCUGAGGCAGAACACUGGUAUACUGAGUCACUGAAAUCAAAGCCUGACCACAUCCCAGCACAUCUUACUUAUGGCAAGUUGCUCACAUUAACGGGUAGAAAAAAUGAAGCUGAACGAUACUUCUUGAAGGCAAUUCAGCUGGAUCCCAACAAAGGCAACUGUUAUAUGCAUUAUGGACAAUUUCUACUAGAAGAAGGACGCCUUUUAGAAGCUGCAGAAAUGGCAAAGAAAGCAGCGGAACUUGACAGUUCUGAAUUUGAUGUAGUAUUCAAUGCAGCACAUAUGCUCAGGCAAGCAAGUCUCAAUGAAGAAGCAGAGAAAUUCUACAAAUUGGCAGCAGGGCUGCGACAGAAUUACCCUGCUGCCUUAAUGAAUCUUGGGGCCAUUCUUCAUCUCAAUGGCAAAUUAGAAGAGGCAGAAUCCAACUACCUCCGUGCUCUGCAGCUGAAGCCAGAUGAUGCAAUCACACAGUCAAACCUCCGCAAGUUAUGGAACAUCAUGGAAAAACAAGGCCUCAAGACUUCAAAAACGUGACAUGAAACAGCUAGAGACUUUUGACUGACCGAUAGAUUAUGAAAUUAGACAUACAGGAAUCAGAAAGUUAACAGCUGCAAGUUAUGUUUCCUAUAUGUGUCUGGAGAGUGUAAUUGCUGCUAUGAGAGUGCUCUGCUUUUUUGGCAUAGUAGUUGUUCCAUGUUAAAAAGGGAAAUGAUAAAGGGGAUAUAAAAUCUCCACAAGGGACUAGGAAGUGCUUGCAUUAGCCCAGAUAAAGAAAGGCACUUAAGGCAAGGUCUGUCUGUACACAGCACAAAUGUAUUGGAUGUGCACAUAUUUUAGAAGACUGAAAUAGGAGUCUCUAAAAUUGUAAAACGAGGUAUAAUGGAUAGAUGGCUUCCUAAUGAUUGCAAAAUGCAAUUUAUUUGUAUAAACUGGGCUGGACUGGAAAACAAACCUGCCUGUUGCCCAAGGGUAUGAACUGCACACAUUUUAGUCUGUCAAAUAAUCCAAGCCAAGGAUUCAAAGUUAAAGUACUAGAUUUACAAACCUGUCAAAAUGUCACUUGUUUCUUAAAACCAUGGUGUUCUCUUAAAUUAGUUUCAGGCCAGUGCUAUUACAGAUUGCAGCAUUUAAAAAUUGAAAAUCACCACCGAAUAUGGAAAGAUAAAUAAAAUGAGGUCUCAGCAGUGGUAUAUUGUGACUUGUCUACCAUUUUAUAGUCUCAUUCUUCAAUCUUGGAUUAAUGUUGGCCACACAGCUUUAGAUUCAGUCUCUGUGAAAAACAAAAAGAAUUUUAACGAGUUUAAAAGCACAUACUGUUUAAUCUGAUUUAUACAUACAGACAUAUGACACUUAGGAGGGGUUUUACUGACAGUUAGUGAGGUGCCCUUAUAGCUGCUUUGCCUGGUUUAUUGGACUAUGCAGUUGUGAUUGUACAGUUGUAUAUUUCCAUUCUGCCUGGAGAUUUCUCCACAGAUUUAGAAUUUAUGUUGUUAUGUGCAGUAAAAUUUCACUUCUAGAGUUACCCCUGAGUGCAACCAGCAACACAAGCAAUACACCUUAGGGUCAUGGAGCAGUAACCAAUCAGCAAGUAAGUCUUUAUUAGUCACCAGUUUAAAAGCAAACAUCUUAUUAGCUUUUAUGGGUUACUGGGCAAAAUUAUUGCCUUUUCUUAAAUAUGGGGGUUGGGGUA